AUCCAGUCAGCUGGUCUUACAAUGCUCUAUAAUGCUUUAUUCUCACUAACGGCGAUCAUGUUUUGUCUUAGCCUUUUCCUCGUGCAUAGGGUCAGUGUUUUAGAAAGAGAUCUUCACAAACUCCGAGGGGACAUAAGUCAGCAAUUAAAUCAGCAACGUUCUGAGGGAGUCCAUUCGAAAUUGGCCAAGAUGUCUAAAACAAGGGAGGACAUGAAGCAAAGUGUUUUCCAAAGAGCUCAGAGUUCUCUGAAGAGCUUUUCUAGGAGAGUAAAGAGGGAACAGAGCAGCUGCAGAGCUCCGAUAUCAUUCCUGCAGUUAAGAGCGAACACUAACAAACAGCCAGACAGAAGAGGAAAUAUAACUGUGAUCCCCUGGACUGUUUCUGCUCAGCGAGGAAAUACAAUUUCACAGAAGGAAAAUAGGAUCGUUGUCCAAGAAGAUGGUUAUUACUUGGUGUUUGGACAAGUAUUGUGUCAUUCCAAAUCAAGCGUAACUAAGUUGAUAUUGCAUAUGAUUUGUUCCAAGUAUUCAAAUAAUGCUCUACUUAACUCACAGGUUUUAUUUGAAGGUCAACGUGCAUUUAUGGGUCAUGUCAUUCAGAGCUGGAGCUCCACUGAGGCUGAGACAAGACCUACAGAGCUCUUGCGCUGUCUGCAGGACAUAACAGUGGGAGCUCAUGACAAUACAUGCUACACUGCAGGCACUGUGCACUUGCUCCAGGGUGACGAGCUGGAAAUGGUGAUCCCUUUUCGGCCUUCGGCUCUGAUCUCUCUAGAGGCUGACUCAACCUUUUUUGGUGUCGUUCAGCUAAACUGAAACAAGCCCAUGUGAAUAAAUGUCGUUACUGCAGGAAGUGGGAAAUUGGCACAGAGCUGUGUGAAGGGAUGCUGAUAAACAACUAUCAGCAACAGGAAAACAGUUGGAAACUUUAAGUGUAUUGUAUGUAAAUACAAAAACCUGCCAUUUACUUACAGUAAAGAUGUGUAACAUGCUUUAAAAUAAAUGUAUAUUUUAUGGCAGAACUUUAAAUUUGAGUACAUUUAUAUUGUGGGGAAAAAACAAUCACAUUAAGAAGCCUUUUUUGGCAAAAUCGAAUGAAUGGUUCAAUUACUUGUAUUUCACAAGCUUAGAGCAUACAGAGAGAAGGAUAGUUGAAUACCUUUGAU